CCCGGAAGUUAACCGGAAGUUGACAGCACUUAAAAACUCUCUAUCGCUGCCCUUGACUGACCCACGUGAGUUUGUUGAGCCGGUUGCCAGGUGAGACGAAGAAGAAACACCUGAAAAUGUCUGCUCACGGUAAAUCUCUGCUGUUUUUGCUGCGGCGGUGUGUCGCAGUCGGGCAGCUAACGCCGUCCACGGGGCUCGCAACAAGAGGCGGCGUGUUGACAAGCAGGGGCGGCUUCAUCCAGCAGCGGACAUGGACAUCAACAACCCGGACAACGUGUCUGCAGAGACUCUGUCAGCUCCAGUCUGCAGUGAAAAGCAGUCAGUACAGCUUUUGUACCAAGCCAGGAGAGCCUUGUGAAGAUGAAUACCCACCACUGCCAGCCUAUCAGUCUGACUCUGAACCAGAAAAGAAGGAGGUGUACAUCGUGCAGGUGAAAGGUCUGCCGUGGUCAUGCUCGGCUCAGGACCUCCUCCAGUUCUUUUCAGAAUGUCGGAUCCGCGAUGGAGUAAAGGGGAUCCAUCUCACUUUGAACAGGAUGGGGGCGCCGUCGGGACAAGCCUUCAUCGAGAUGGAGCACGAGGAGGAUGUCAGCAAAGCUCUGGAGAAGCAUCGACAGUACCUCGGCCCACGUUAUGUUGAAGUGUUUGAAGUGACCAACAGUGAUGCCGAAGUCAUCCUGAAGAACGCCGUCCACGUUCCAGCUGAUGACGGCGUGGUGCGGCUCAGAGGUCUCCCCUACAGCUGUACUGAGUCUGACAUAGUCCAGUUCUUUUCAGGUUUGGAUAUAGUGGAAAAUGGAAUCACCAUUGUCACAGACUAUCAGAGGAGAAACACUGGAGAGGCCUUUGUGCAAUUUUCUUCUCAACAAGAAGCAGAUGAAGCUCUGCAGAGAGACAGAGAUGUCAUCGGAAACAGAUACAUUGAGCUGUUUCCCAGCAGAAGAGAUGAGAUCCAUUCGAGGAAGGGUUCAGCUCCUGCUUACACCAGUCCUCCCUCAGUAAACAGGAGGACCAACCCCAAAACACGAUGGCCUCAGAGCUCGCCUCAGUCACAUUACAUCCAUAUGAGAGGACUUCCUUUCCAUGUGUCCGGAGAAGAUGUUGUAAAGUUCUUCUCUCCUCUGGUUGUGUCCAAGAUCCUGAUUGAAUGCGGCUCUGACGGCAGGCCGAGCGGAGAGGCUGACGUUUUCUUCAGGUGCCAUCAGGAUGCCAUGGCUGCCAUGUCCAAAGACAGACAGCACAUAGGUGAAAGAUACAUCGAGUUAUUUCUGAACUCUGUACCAGAAUUUGAUGGAAGGUGAAUGCUGACACACCAAACAAAUACGCAGAGCUAUUCUAUUUAUUUUCCAGGACAUCAUAAAAAUGAACAUUCCUGGUGUCCUAAUUGUCUCAACUACUACUUCAGAGUCAAGCUAUCAGUGUCUUCUCUUUUUAAAUAAUGUUGUUCAAAACAUGUUUUGUUCUUCAAAUCAACAUCAUCUUCCAAUAAAUAACCAUGCAGGAAAUGUGUGUAAACAGAAA